AUAAGAGGAUAUAUAUGCAGAAUUUAAGUGAAAGUAAACAAAAAUAAAAGUGUUUUGUAUUUUCAGUGUCUUUAGUAAUUUUAUGUUUCAUUGCGAAUUUGAUUAUUUGCAACAAAACAGUUUAAUUGGUGCCACUAGUGCACCAUGUCAGCGCAGGAGGAGCGUAAUGAAAUAAUACGAGAAUAUUUACCAAAGCUAAUCAAAGAACUCACCGGCUAUGCAGAUGAUGAUGAGAAUUUACGCAGCUGUGAACAAAUGGCCUGGUCCAUCAUACGUAACCAUCGGAAUUUGAGCACAAAUAGUCAUGAAGUACGACGCCACAUCGAAGGAAUACAGGAAAAGUUCGUUGUCGACAAUAACGCAGAAUAUGCACAACGUUUGGGUCAGCUAUGUGAUGAGAUCAUAGAGCAUCCGCUUUGCGUAGAACACUAUGAAGUUGAUGUGCAUUGGUCAUUAUUGGAUUUUUUACUAUCACUUGCAAAUAAUCCAACUGGUGCUUUGCGACGUAAUAAAGAAAAAAUCGAUAAGCUAUUGGAGGAGCAUGAUAGGAUUGUACAUGUUGAAAGUGUCGAAACUGAGACGGAAUAUUGGAAGAAAAUAUUACAAGAGGAUUUCAUUCCAGUAGAGAGGCUUAGCGAUAGCGCAUCCGAUUUAAGUACUUGGUCUGAUGAUUCAGCAACGGUGCUGAAAACUUCCUCGGAUGAAGAAAACGAUAUCAUACCUAUCGAUGCUCCUAGAGAAUCGCCUACACCGCCAAGAGGAAUGGAAAGUAUUAAACCACCUAAGAAGUCGCUGCCCUACUAUAAGUACGACAGCUUAUCUGCGGAGCAACGAUUAUUAGGUACUAUCCAACAAACUUGGUGGGCAAAAGGCUUGAAGACCGUACAUCCACAUAUUGAAAGCACAAACAAAGAAGCUAAUUUUGCUUUAGAAUAUCAUCGUUUGCAUAAAACUUCAAUUAGUCAGCGUAAACGCGAUGAACCAGAAACGGCUACAGAGUAUUGCCUUUUGCGUGAGAUAUUUUGGAUGUUUCAGGUACCACAAACAUGUAAAUUCUUUCAAGUAAGCGAUGAAAGUAUUAAAAUAAGAAAAAACGUAACACUCACCAGCACCAGACCGGUGGCUAUUGCUUCGAUGUUGGAAAAUCAUUUUCUGCCCUACAUAUACAUGAUGAAAGAUUUACGUAAUUUUGGAAAACUAAUUUACGAUACAGACGAAUACACUCCAUCAAAUACACUCGAACACUAUGCUGCCAGCUUGGAGCUACUACUAGAGCCUAUAUGGAAUGAUUUGUUGGCUUGUGAGAGGGAGUUACUAAUGCAACCAGAUUGCAAAAUUAACACAGUCAUAAGUUUGCAUAACAAACUGAAACCUACAUUCACAAAACUCAAAUAUUUACAUAAUAUACAUCAACAAGCGACUUUAAAUGUACGCCAAUUACCAGCACAUAUCUCAAGUGCACACCUAUUGGCUGCGCUAGUACACUCCAAUGAAGUUGCCACCACAGCUUUGGAAGCCAAUCUAGCCAUGUCGCUAUUUCUCGCCUCUGUGAGAGUAUACCUAGUGAUUGCAGAUACCUGGUGGACAGAGGGACGUUUGGAUGAUUGGCAUAAUGAAUUUAUUAUCGAGCGUAUAAGUACACCAGGUCAAAGUAUUAAUGUACGAGAAUUCAGCAAGAAUAAGGAGAAGGCAUUUUUUGUGCCCACACAUAUAUCUAAAAUGAUAACAGAAGAUAGUUUCUUUCAACUGUUAAUGGAGCAUUCGUUGGAGGCGGGUUGCACGCUGAAUUUACUAUAUGAAAUUAAUCGCAUCGGCGAGCUGCGUAGUGCUUGUGAUGCGAUUGAGGGUAAAUUAUAUAAUGUAUUCAUCGACGAUGUGCUCAAAUAUGUGCGUAUUUUACAAAAGCAAAUUAUGGAGGCAAUAAGAGAGGCCAAAGAAAAUGAUCGGUUGGAAAUUGAGAGUGUAGAACGUGAAGUUAACAGGGAUGAAAUUGAUGAAGCGGCUGGUGAUGGUAUAACCACAGGAAUAGAAGCACAAAUCGAUAGAACGAUAGUUAAGGAAACACAUAAUAAUUCCGAAGAUGAUGAAAUACUUAAAAAAUUAACGACAAAUGAUGAUUUCUUACUUCUUGCUUUCACAAUGAAUAUGAAUUUAACCGAACCUACGCAAGAGAGCGGUGAUCAAUGUGAUGCGGCUAUUAAGAGCACAAUUAAAAAUGAGGAACCUACAGCUUUGGAGAUUUUCGAACAAUUGCAACAGUCCAAAAACAUAUUACCGUUGGAGGAAGUGGUUUUGAGUGCUUUGAGUCGCAUACUCAAAACACGUAUAGCCUUCGCUAACUCUUUUGUGAUGCGUUUGUAUCGUGAAGAGUUUGAUAUUUUGAAGCAUUUGCGAAAUAUACGAAAAAUCUAUUUGCUGGAGGCAAGUGAUGUAAUGCAUCAGUUCUACACAAAGCUUUUCAAACAGAUUGAAUCUGGCGAGGCCUGGGCAAAUGCAUUCAUACUCACCACUCAACUGGAUGAUAUAAUUUGUGGUAAAUUUACCGAUAUGACUUCAUUAUUUCGCAUAGAGAUCAAUUCUGCGUUUCGUUGUCAAACGGUUAAGGUGUUUGAAGCAGUCGAUGAAUUGUGCUUAACGUAUAACCUCAGCACAGAAUUGGCUCAUAUGAUCAAAUCUUCAGAUUUAGAUGCAUACAACAAAGUCUUCCGAUUUCUACUAAAAGUCAAAUGGGGUUUAACCACUUUGGAAAACUUAACAUUUCCUCUUUCCCAUAAACGUAAAACACCCUAUGCACCCUUUGAGAUGGUGGAUUUGCUUAUGCGUCGUCUGGAACAGUUACGCUUUUGGAUGUUAUUCGCCUUACAGAGUGUACAUUUCCAUUUAAUGACACACGUGCUGCAAUCGAUGGGCGAGCAAUUGGAUGAGAAAAUUGUUAAAUGCACGAAUUUGAAAGAAAUGGUAACUGUACACCGCUCGUAUAUUAACACGGUGUGUGAGCAUUGCUUUUUGGCAGACACUUUCAGUGUGCUAAAACUGGGUGUCGAACAGCUUCUCAACUUAACAUUUAUUUUGCGUCUUGAAUGGAACAGUUGUGUGAAAUUCAUUGAAAUGAAUAGUAAUCCCCUAGCUGUGGUGGAUUUUAAUGAAAGCAAUGAAGAGACCGAUUAUGUUGCACACUCACAAAUCGAUGCCAUUGAGUUGACUUACAUACGUUGUCAUCAGUAUUUAGCGAAUAAAUUAAAUAAUGAAGUUUACAUCAAAAAUAAUUCGUUUCUUUUGGGUCUCAGCACCGCUUUCAAUACCAGUUUGCCAUACUAAGUUGUCAUCAGCAUUAUUUGAAUCCUCAAUACUCGUUGCCUGUUAUUAUUAAUAUUUAUAUAUUGUUAGAAACGUUCAAAAUAAAUUAAUGAAUAAAUUUUUUUAAUGCAUAAAA